AGGUGGCUACUAUCUCUGCUAAUGGUGAUAAACAUGUAGGAGACAUGAUUGCUCAAGCAAUGGAACGUGUUGGUAAGGAAGGUGUGAUUACUGUUAAGGCUGGUAAGACAAUUGAGGAUGAAUUAGAAGUGACAGAAGGCAUGCGUUUUGACCGUGGUUUCAUUUCACCUUACUUUAUCACGGAUACAAAGACACAACGUGUUGAAUUUGAAAAACCUUUAAUUUUGUUAUCUGAAAAGAAGAUUUCUAUGUUGAAUGAUAUUUUACCUGCUCUUGAAACAGCCGCUACUCAACGUCGUCCCUUAUUGAUCAUUGCUGAAGAUGUAGACGGUGAGGCUCUUGCUGCCUGUAUCUUGAACAAGUUACGUGGUCAAAUUCAAGUUGCUGCUGUUAAGGCACCUGGUUUUGGUGAUAACCGUAAGUCUAUCUUAGGUGAUAUUGGUAUCUUAACCGAAUCUACUGUAUUCUCUGAUGAAGUAGACCUUAAAUUGGAAAGAGCUACUCCUGAUUUGUUUGGCACCUCCGGCUCUGUCACUAUCACAAAAGAAGAUACUAUUAUUUUAAAUGGAGCUGGUGCAAAGGAACGUAUCAAUCAACGUUGUGAGCAAAUUCGUGGAGCUAUUUCUGAUGCUAGUACAUCUGAUUAUGAAAAGGAAAAGCUUCAAGAACGUCUUGCUAAACUUUCUGGUGGUGUAGCUGUCAUUCAUGUUGGUGGCGCUUCUGAAGUUGAAGUAGGUGAAAAGAAAGAUAGAUUCGAUGAUGCUCUUUGUGCUACUCGUGCUGCUGUUGAGGAAGGUAUUGUCCCUGGUGGUGGUGUUGCUCUGUUGAAAGCAGCAAAAUCAUUAUCGAACUUGAAGGGGGCUAACUUUGAUCAACAAUUGGGCAUUAAUAUUAUUCGUCAAGCUAUUCAGAAUCCUUGUCGUACGAUUGUAGAUAAUGCCGGAGGUGAGGGAUCCGUUGUUAGUGGUAAACUUAUGGAAGAUAAUCCUGAGAAUGUUAAUUGGGGUUAUGAUGCUUCUACUAAUGAAUAUUGUGAUAUGAUUGAACGUGGUAUCAUUGAUCCUACCAAGGUUGUUCGUACUGCUCUUGUUGAUGCUUCUGGUGUUGCAUCACUUUUGACUACAACUGAAUGUAUGAUUACAGAUGCUCCUACUAGUUCUAAUGGUAUGCCCGGUAUGGGUGGUAUGCCUGGUAUGGGCGGAAUGGGUGGUAUGAUGUAAGCUAGAUAAGUAAUAGACUAUUAGUAAGUGAUUUUAUAUUUAUUAUACCAUAUCUUUCGUUCUUUCUUCUUCCUCCCCUUUUAUAUAUAAUAUAAAAUGUCUACAUUACAUAAUAAUAAUAAAAAAAAUAUGACAUAUUACACUAUAUGACUUUCG